CUCUCUCGCUCGCUCGCUCGCUGACAGCGAGGCUCCUCCGGGAGGGAAACGGGUCCGUUGGUCGGUCCGGAACGAGGCUGGCGCUGCCAGGCCCACGCCUAGCCGUUGCCAUGGCAGCCACCGGCGGGGUCGCGGAUGACGAGUCCCGAUCGGGCCGCUCGAGCUCCGACGGCGAGUGCGCGGUGGCGCCGGAGCCGCUGGCGGAAGCCGGAGGCCUGUUCUCCUUCGCGGACCUAGGCGCUGCGCUGGGCGGCGGCGCAGGCCUCCCGGGCCGGGCAGCCGGCAGGGCCCAGUCCCCGCUGCGCUACCUGCAGGUCCUGUGGCAGCAGGACGCCGAGCCCCGCGAUGAACUGCGCUGCAAGAUCCCCGCCGGGCGGCUGAGGCGCGCCGCUAGGCCCCACCGCCGGCUCGGGCCCACGGGCAAGGAGGUGCACGCUCUGAAGAGGCUGAGGGAUUCUGCCAAUGCCAAUGAUGUAGAAACAGUGCAGCAGCUGCUGGAAGAUGGCACGGAUCCCUGUGCAGCUGAUGACAAAGGCCGCACAGCCCUCCAUUUUGCCUCCUGUAAUGGCAAUGACCAGAUUGUGCAGCUUCUCCUGGACCACGGGGCUGACCCCAACCAACAGGAUGGUCUAGGCAAUACACCAUUGCACCUGGCGGCCUGCACCAACCAUGUGCCUGUCAUCACCACACUGCUCCGAGGAGGGGCCCGUGUGGAUGCCCUGGACAGAGCUGGCCGAACACCCCUACACCUGGCCAAGUCGAAGCUGAACAUCCUACAGGAGGGCCACUCCCAGUGCCUGGAGGCUGUCCGGCUGGAGGUGAAGCAGAUCAUCCACAUGUUACGGGAGUACCUGGAACGCCUUGGGCGGCAUGAACAGCGGGAACGGCUGGAUGACCUCUGUACCCGCCUCCAGAUGACAAGUACCAAAGAGCAGGUGGAUGAGGUGACGGACCUUUUGGCCAGCUUUACCUCCCUCAGUCUGCAGAUGCAGAGCAUGGAGCAGAGGUAGCAAGGAAGCGUCUUCCUGGCUUUGUCACCACCCUCCUGCCCUCCGCUCUGCUACAGGGAAAGCCCAGGGGGCUCUGGAGUUCCACCUUGCCCUCGCCCUUAGAAGCUGAGGGCGGAGCUGCUCCCAGACAGUCUGCAUCAUCUCUAUGGGCCAGGGCCACAGCCCCAGCUCCUGGUGCACAAUGCCAGCCUCUGUAGCCGCAUUCCAGGCCCACACGCGCUGCCCUAGCAGACGCCACUCCUCCUGCGGCCUCCCUGUCCUCAGCAAGCCCCAGAGCCCCAUUUCUUCCCAGCCAUGGACUUGUUACCGUCAUCUGGCUUUGGGUAGGUACUCUGAGGCCACCCUGCUGCUGUGGAUCUCUAAGCUGGCCCCGCCCCUCACACCAGCACUUAAGUUUAGCCCUGCACCUGACUUUCAAGGGCACACUGCACUGCCUGGGUGUCUCUGAACAGAAGAGGGACAUUGCCGAUGCUUAGGCCUUCAUAAGGUUAGGAAGGACCCUGUUUAGCCCAAGGAAAGAUCUCUACCUCCUUCCCUCCAGCCACUGAAACACUACGGAUGGGGAUCUGUUUUACAGCCAAGUUGUCAGAGGUAGAUAGCGGUUCGUUUGCCCAGGUCCUCAUCCCAGGAACCUCUAGGCCCUAGUUGGUGUGACAAGAGUCUGAACAGAUAUAUAACCAGAGGUCUUUAGAGGAGAGAGGAUCCUGGACCGUCUAGGUAGGUGGGGUAUCACCCCAGAGAGCCCUGUGGGGGGAGGCAGGAGAUGGCUGCUGCCAUGUGGAUGUGAGAAGGAAGGAGCCAGGAGCUGUCAAGGACAGCAAAUGGACUGCCCUCUGAGCCUGCAGCGGGGGCUGGCUCUGCCCUCUGAGCCUGCAGCGGGGGCUGCCUCUGCUGGCAACUGGACUUCAGCUCAGCGGGAUGCAUUUCAGUUUCUAGCUUCCAGAAUGAUGAGAGUAAAUCUGCUGUUUAAGCUGG